AUGGAAUACACCAUUCUAGAGGCAAAAGUGGCCUGCAAAACCAUGGGUCCAGAGAUUCUUUCUCUGGUACCUCCUAUCAGAGCUCCUGAACGGAGAUUUGCUGCUGCUUUAAAGAGCUUCAAGUCACUGAACCCAUUAAUACUUUUCAGUGGAGACUGUUUAAGUCCCUCACUUUUAAGUACGACUACAAAAGGCAAACACAUGAUUCCAAUUCUGAAUGCGCUUGGAGUUCACAGUGCAGUAUUUGGAAAUCAUGAAUUUGAUUUUGGUCUAGAUGUUUUAGAAGAUUUUAAAAGAGAAACACAAUGUACUUGGUUUCUUAGCAAUGUGUAUGAUAAAAUAUCAUCUGAGCCCCUUGGCCAUGGUGUUGUGAGUCGGGUUAUUGAAUGGAAUAAUUUGAACAUAGGUCUGAUGGGACUAGUUGAAGAAGAUUGGCUGGAUACCUUAAACACUGUUGAUAAAUCAGAUCUGCUCUAUUUUGAUUAUGUAGAGGUCGCUUCAAAACUGUCAAAGGAACUUAGAAAUAAAGGAGCCGAAAUUAUUAUUGCUUUAACUCAUAUGAAGUGGAGUAAUGAUAUCAGGCUGGCACGGGCAGCUUGUGGACUAAAUCUGGUGCUUGGGGGCCAUGACCACAGUUAUGGUGUCAUUGAUGAAAAUGGAAUCUUAAUUGUCAAAAGUGGCUCUGAUUUUCGAAGUCUGACAAAGAUUGAUAUUUCAAGAAGCAAUAAUUCAUUUCAGUAUGCAACUCAGAAAAUAGAUGUUUUAAGUGAUCUAGAUGAAGAUAUUAAUGUGAAAGCUAUUGUUGGGGAAUAUAUUGCAAAUCAGCAGCCCAUGCUGAAAGAGGUACUUUUUCAAACAGACAUAGAGCUAGAUGGACGUUAUACCACAGUAAGAAAAUCAGAAAGCAAUCUGGGAAACCUGAUUACCAAUGCGAUGCUGGAAACCACUCAUGCUGAAAUAGCACUUCUGAAUUCAGGUACUUUACGAUCAGAUCGUGUGCAUCCUGCUGGAAAUUUUACAGUUUAUGAUCUCCUCACAAUUCUUCCAUUGGUUGACUUAGUUGUGGUGCUAAAGAUUACAGGAAAUCAGCUAUUAAAAGCACUAGAAAAUGGAGUGAGCAGAUAUCCAGAACUGGAUGGAAGGUUCCCUCAAGUGGCAGGAAUAGAAUUCGGAUUUGAUCCAGAUGCACAACCAGGCCAUCGAGUUGCUGUAAACUCAGUACAGGUUCAAGGGCAGGACUUAAUUAAAUGUAAACUGUACCACCUUGCUGUUAAAGAAUAUAUUGCAAAGGGAAAAGAUGGAUAUACAGUGUUUCAGAGUUGCCCUUGGCUGUAUGAUAUAGAAGCUGCACAGGUACUUUCCACAAUUGUCAGAAACCACUUUGAAUCCACUACAAUAGUAUGGGGCCUCACAUGUAGCAGAUCAGUACGUCGCAUGCGAUUGAUAAAAAAGUCUCAAUCAGCGUCAGUAAAAGAUUUAGAGUUACUGAAAUUGUUAAUCUUUACUUUCACGCAAUCUGUAUCUGUUGGUGUCACUGUGUCUAAACUUGGAUCUGUGGAUGUUGCCCAGAUAACAAAGUCAGUGAACUUGCACUGUGACAAAAGUGUUGACUGUAUCUCACAAAAGAUAAACACAACAGUUUGCAGCCACAGACAGUGUUGUAGAUUGACAGCUUGGUCUGCUAGUGCAGAGGCAGGACGUCAAACUACAGUGCUAGCAUUCCUUGUUCAGUUAUUGGAUGGUAGAAUAGGGGGAAGGUGUAGCUGA